GACGUCAUCAGCCCUCACCCGGUUCGUACACUGCCUACAGUUCGCUUCUUACAGCAUAAGUUAGCUCUGAAUGUGUGCUCGUUUUUGACCCGUUAUGGCUGAACAGACUGUGGUCGAUAAAAUGAGUGAAUUGCAAGUGGGCGGGAGCAAAAAGGGGGGAAAUGAAAGUGGUAAAGAUGGAGGGAAGAAAAAAGGCAAAAAUACCACUGCAGACUCUGCAGGCAAGACUGAGUUGUCACCACCUCCCCAGUACAUCGACGAACGUCUCACUUUGUAUGCAAAGCUGAAAGCUGAGCAUGAUGCUUUAAUUGCAGAAAGGGCAGCGAAGGAUAGCAAGCCUAUCAAGGUGACCCUGCCUGAUGGAAAGGUGGUGGAGGCGGAGUCCUGGAAGACCACGCCGUACCAAGUGGCAUGUGGAAUUAGCCAAGGCCUUGCUGACAACACAGUGAUUGCCAAAGUAAACAACGGCGUGUGGGACCUUGAUAGACCUUUGGAGGAUGACUGCAGCCUUCAGUUGCUCAAGUUUGAUGACGAGGAGGCACAAGCUGUUUACUGGCAUUCCAGCGCCCACAUCCUCGGAGAAGCCAUGGAGCGAGUGUACGGAGGCUGCCUCUGCUACGGUCCACCGAUUGAAAAUGGCUUCUACUACGAUAUGUUUCUGGAGAACGAGGGUGUAUCAAGCAAUGACUUUCCCUGUCUGGAAAACCUCUGCAAGAAAAUCAUCAAGGAGAAGCAGCCGUUUGAAAGGCUAGAAAUAAAGAAGGAAACUCUGCUGGAAAUGUUUAAGUACAACAAGUUUAAGUGCCGCAUUCUGAAUGAGAAAGUCACCACUCCCACAACCACAGUUUACAGAUGUGGUCCUUUAAUCGAUUUGUGUCGGGGUCCUCAUGUGAGACACACUGGGAAGAUCAAAGCCCUUAAAAUCCACAAGAAUUCUUCUACCUACUGGGAGGGAAAGGCAGACAUGGAAACCCUCCAGAGGAUCUAUGGAAUCUCCUUUCCUGACCCCAAAAUGCUCAAAGAGUGGGAGAAGUUUCAGGAGGAAGCCAAGAACAGAGAUCACCGCAAACUGGGCCGGGAGCAGGAGCUGUUCUUCUUCCACGAGCUCAGUCCAGGAAGCUGCUUUUUCCUGCCUAAAGGGGCCUUCAUCUACAACGCACUGAUUGAGUUCAUCAGAAGUGAAUACAGGAAGAGAGGAUUCCAAGAAGUGGUGACGCCCAAUAUCUACAACAGCAAACUGUGGGUGACUUCAGGCCACUGGCAGCACUACAGCGAGAACAUGUUCUCCUUUGAAGCUGAGAAGGAAACCUUUGCGCUCAAACCAAUGAACUGUCCGGGCCACUGUCUGAUGUUUGAUCACCGCCCUCGCUCCUGGAGAGAGCUGCCCCUCCGCAUGGCCGACUUUGGCGUCCUGCACAGAAACGAGCUGUCUGGAGCCCUGACUGGCCUCACACGUGUCCGCCGCUUCCAGCAGGACGAUGCACAUAUCUUCUGCUCCAUUGACCAGAUUGAAGACGAGAUUAAGGGCUGCCUGGACUUCCUGCGUACGGUCUAUGAGGUGUUCGGCUUCACUUUCAAACUCAACCUUUCUACCAGACCAGAGAAGUUUCUAGGAGAGCCGGAGAUCUGGAACCAGGCAGAAAAGCAACUGGAGAACAGCUUGAAUGAGUUUGGGGAGAAAUGGGUUCUCAACCCUGGUGACGGCGCUUUUUACGGACCCAAGAUUGACAUUCAGAUCAAGGAUGCUAUCGGUCGAUACCACCAGUGUGCAACCAUACAGCUUGAUUUCCAGCUGCCCAUACGCUUUAACCUCUCCUUCGUGGGUCAUGAUGGUGAUGACCACAAGAGACCGGUGAUUAUUCACAGAGCCAUUCUGGGAUCAGUGGAGAGAAUGAUCGCUAUUCUGACUGAGAACUAUGGAGGCAAAUGGCCGCUGUGGCUUUCUCCCAGUCAAGUGAUGGUUGUGCCUGUGGGACCAACCUGUGAAGAGUAUGCUGAGAAAGUAAGGAAGGAGUUCCACAACAGCGGCUUCAUGACAGACGUGGAUCUUGACCCCGGCUGCACUCUGAACAAGAAGAUCCGCAACGCACAGUUGGCACAGUACAACUUCAUCCUGGUGGUGGGAGAGAAAGAGAAGAGCAGCAACACUGUAAACGUACGCACCCGAGACAACAAAGUCCAUGGCGAGCGAAGUGUGGAGGAGUGCAUCGAGCGUCUCAAACAGCUGAAGGCUUCCAGGAGCAGAAACGCAGAGGAAGAAUUCUGAGCUCACUGAAAUGUCUUUUCUCCGCAGGACCUCAAUUAAACUUAGAUGCUGCGUGCUUAAGAUCAAUUUUUGAAGAGGAACAUAAAUAACUGCAAGUUUGUUUGUAUUUCUAGAAAAAAAAUCAGGUUCUCUUUUACCAAUUCAAUAUAUCUUUUUUCCUGUUGUAUUCCAUUACUUGUCUUUGGUUAUGGAAUAGCAGCUGACCCAGUGCAAUGAAGUAUACUGGUCUUUUUUUGUUUUAUUUUCAAUGUCAUAUGGUGGGGUCAGGUGGUAAACGGCUCAGAAAAACAAGUCUGUAAAUGAAUAAAUUGUGUUCCUAAACACCUGUUUCCAUGUUACAUGUUGAUUGAAAAUAAGGGGAACUGGUUUAUUUUAAUGCUCUUCCAUUGUCUUUUUAUCAUCUUUACAGGGAAUUGUAUGAAAUAUGAUUUUGAUAAUUAAACUGUUUUUUAAUUACUUUGCUGCUUUUUGAAAUAAAUGAUUUACAGGGAAUCGUAUGAAAUAAAUGUUGGCUCUAAAGGCAACUUGGUAUAUAGUUGGGGAGAAAACUAUUUUUUUUUUCUGGAUAUAGAAUGAAAAUUGACCUGUGUAAAAAAAAAAAAAAAU